AUGAAGUUCACCACCACCUCCCUCCUCGUCGCCGCCAUCAUGGCCCUCGGAACCGCCUCAGCCGCCAAGCCAACUUCCUCCGUUAUCACCGUGACUCUCCCCAGCACAAACUCCACCGCAUCCCCCACCGAUUCCGCAUCCCCUACUGAAUCUGCGACCUCUUCAGGCAUUGCUACCGCCACUGAGACCGCAACCAUUACAAUCCCUAUCAUCACCACCAUCACCAUUGGCGUCCCUACUAUCAUCUCGACCACUACUGUCCCCUCGGGUACUCCUGCCCCUGGUAGUGGAAGCGCUGGAAACGCGAUCCAGGCCCCCGUCAAGGCUAUGAUGGCUAUUGGUGGUGUUGCUGCCCUCGCUCAGAGCGACCCGUCAAGAGGGCGCUUGUUGGCUACCCAAAAGUCGGGACACCUUACCGAGGAAGCGAUUCCAGGCGGGGUUGAGGUGGUGUGGAUCAAAGGUCACAGCAACAUCCACGGAAACGAACUUGCGGAUCAGGCGGCGAAGGUGGCAGCACAGAGUGGUUCAGUGCCCUGGAUGGUGGAUCUCACUCAACAGACGGAUAUCACGACCUUUGCACAUUGUUACGGCGGGAUUGUUGAAAUCGAUCUACGUCAGCUCCUCAAACAACAAUCGACAAUCCGUCACCAUCAGGCCUGGACGUCACAGAGGCGGGUCAAGAGGGCGAUCCCUGACAUCGAGGACGUGGAAUGGAACUCGACCUUGGCUUAUGUCCACGACAGGCACGCAGUCUUCACCUUUUACAGCAACAGCAAGGACUCCCAUCAAAGAACACAUCACAUCAAAAAGCUGCAUGGAAUGCUGCCCACUCUGAACUCCAUGCAGGCUCGCAAGCCCAACCUGUACCCAACAUGCGUGUGCCGACGAUGCGAGCUCGAGAAGGAGGAUAACGAUCACGUCUGGAAAUGCCCUUCGGCAGCUGAGACCACCACUGAGAUCUGGAAGGAGGCCAUGGGCAAGAUUAAUGAGUGGGGUGUGCAGGCGACAAACAGCUACAACGCAGCCAGGAAGCGGGAAUACAAACGCGCGGUGGACAGAGGUCGUCAGAUCAUGUACGAGGAUUUUCCUCCAUCGGUGGAGCUCGAGCCGUGCACAGGCGGUAGUCCAGCUCUCGAUCGAGACGAGAAACCGAUGUGGAAUGUGUCGGAUCUCCUCCGCGGCAUCACCCCCUUGAGCAUGUUGACUGAAUGGUCCGCGGUCUUCCGGACCCCAAUGUCCAUCGCCAAGACAGUCCUUCACAAGUUUGUUGGCUACCUGGAGGCGCAGGCCUCGGAGCUGAUCUGGAAACCUCGGUGCUCCGCGACGAUCGCGUGGGAACAAAGCCAGGGCAUCUCUGCCAAGGACAAGACAUCCAAGUACACAGGCCCCCGAGGUGACUGGAGUCAAGGAUACGGUUACAUUACGCACGAUGGUUUCUCGACAAUUGUUGCGCAGAGCCAGGUUCUGGACCGGACUGCGACUGGUGGAUGGUGCACUGAAGAGUUUGGUCUGUAG